CAUUUAAGUCGCAUGUGUUGUUGAACCUGGUGUGAAUUCCAGGGAUGUACAUAACCUAUGCCUGUCGUAUUAACAAUCACAUUCAUUCCAUUGCGAAAUACGUGCUUACCACACUACCCAUCACACGAGGCGAUAACCGAGCGAAGAAGUUAAGGAAUAUCUGAAAAGGUACACGUGUUCUGGACAGCUGACUCUGAAAUAGCAUCAACUGAGGAGGGUCUAUAAUAAUAGACAAAGUACAGCCGCGACGGACGGACGGUCUUCCAGGGCCAGCUGUGCUUACAUAAUUCUGUGGGCGAUAUUCAAGGGGGGCGCCUCCAUGCCCGUUGGUACCAACGAUUGUUUGUAAACAAUGGCCGGGAUUUUCGAGUUUGAACUGCACGAUGCUGCGGAGGAGGCCCAGGUCGACGAUUCCGACGACGAUACCAUCGACAUCGAGGAGGGGGGCUAUGACCAGAACCCAGAUGUCAAUACCAUGCUCCUUGACAAUUAUUCCAGAGCGGUAGAUUUGGAACGUGUUCCGCUUACUGAACAGAUCGUGAAUCCCGGAGGACAUGAUAAAACAGGGCCGCAUGAUUUCGAGUUACGCAAAGUGCUCGGUAAGGGCGGUUAUGGUAAAGUUUUUCAGGUGUGCAAGACUUCUGGAAAAGAUUCGAACAAGAUAUUUGCGAUGAAAGUGCUGAGGAAGGCCUCGAUUGUGAGGAACCAGAAAGAUACAGCGCACACCAAAGCAGAGCGGAAUAUCCUAGAGGAGGUCAAGCAUCCGUUCAUAGUAGAUUUAAUAUACGCCUUCCAGACAGGUGGGAAGUUGUACCUGAUUCUGGAAUACCUAAGUGGUGGAGAGUUGUUUAUGCAUUUGGAACGUGAGGGUAUUUUCCUGGAGGACACUGCUUGUUUCUACCUGUCGGAAAUUAUCUUAGCUUUAGAACAUUUACAUUUACAAGGGAUUAUAUAUAGAGAUUUAAAGCCUGAAAACAUAUUGCUCGAUGCCCAGGGCCAUGUGAAAUUGACUGAUUUUGGACUGUGCAAAGAGCACAUCCAGGAGGGCAUCGUCACCCACACCUUUUGCGGCACCAUUGAAUACAUGGCGCCGGAGAUUUUGACGCGCAGUGGACAUGGUAAAGAGGUGGAUUGGUGGUCAUUGGGCGCCCUCAUGUAUGAUAUGCUUACUGGGGCGCCUCCGUUCACUGCGGAAAACCGAAAGAAAACUAUUGAGCGCAUCCUCAAAGGUAAGCUCUAUCUGCCACCCUACUUGACUUCCGAUGCUCGUGAUUUGAUUCGCAAGUUGCUGAAGAGACAAGUUGCCGCGAGGCUAGGCACGUCUCCGCAUGACGCCCACGCUGUUAAGCAGCACCAAUACUUCAAGCACAUCAACUGGGAUGACGUGUUGAAGAGGAAACUCGAUCCACCGUUCAAGCCGUGCCUGCAAAGCGAUGACGACGUCUCGCAGUUCGAUACUAAAUUCACGAGACAGACGCCCGUCGAUUCGCCGGUUGAAUCCACACUCAGCGAAAGCGUCAACAUGAUAUUUCAGGGAUUCACAUACAUUGCUCCCUCCGUACUGGAGAGCAUGUAUCGUCCGCAAGUUCCGAGGGCAAGGUCACCGCGUAAGAACACCCCGCUACGUCACCAUUUCGGUCUUAACCUGCCCAACCAAAACUCGGCCGAAAUCAACAACCAUCCGCAUCAUUCGCAACACACCAACGUCAUCCACAAUCAAUUCUCGCACAUGCCGACGCAACAGAACCCUCCCACCGUGAGCGGGGUCGACUUUGCGGGCGGAGCCGGUCCUUCGGGUCCACAGUUUGGGCGGUUCACGAUGCACGACCAGGCGCAACAUCAACACCAGCACAUCGAGGACGAUGCCAAUGAGGAAAUGAUGGAUGUAAGCGGUCUACCUCAGUAAUAGUUAAUUUUUAUUAUAUUUUAAAUCAUAAUUUAAGAGAAAUUAAUAAUUUAAAUACUAUUAUUAUUACAAAUAUAUAUUAAAACAAUGAAAAAAAAAUAGGGUUAAGAAAAUAAUAAGUGCGAACGCACGUUUAUAAGAAGCCACCCGCUUCUCGUACAUAGACUCCGAUGACGCGAAGAAAAUAACAUUAACUAUAUUAUACAAAUCUAUAUAUAUAUAUUCUAUAUAUAAAACAAAAACCAGAAAAAAAAAUUGAUGUAAGUU